AUGACGACAAUAAAUUACAGCGAAACUAUUAAUAUAGAACGAGAAAAAGCAAAUUUAAUUUGCUUAAUCAGGUUAACAUUAAAUGCACUGAUUGAUCAAUCAUUGUCAGCAGCUUCAUUACCAGUUCUUGAUGAUCGUAAUGCUGAUGUAACGAAUUUUAUCGUAGUACUUGAACGUGUUCUUUGUUUUCGUAUGCGAGCGAGUUGGUUAUCAGAUCGACGUUAUUUUUGGGACUUUAUUCGGCCGGCAUGUAUUGGUUCUUGUCGGCAAUCUAUCAUUGAACGUGUAGAAGAAAUAUCAAAUAUUCAUAGUGUUAAAUAUAAGGGUCGAACAUGGAUUAAAUUUGCAUUAAUGGAGAAGAAACUUUCUGAACUUUUAAAACUUGUUAUUUCUGAUUGUAAUCUUGUACGGAAAUUCUACCAUGAUGAUUCAAUAAUGAUAUCCUCUCAAGCAUUUAUUUUGUGUGAUCAACUAGCUGGCUUGAAUACUAUUGAUUUCAGUUUUUGUUUCAAACAAGAUAAUCCUAUAGUUGCUCCAUUGUUAUCAAACGACACUGAAAUAGAUAUAAUCGAUAUAACGCCAUUUUUAUGCUUUAAAACAAAACAAAUUAAACAAUUGAGAGUAAAUCAAAAUAGUAAUGAAGAAAAUAAAGAAUUAUCAUCAACUGCGAUUGCUACUAACGAGCCUAAUUCAAAGGAACGUACAAUGAUACCAUUGGAAAAAUAUAAAUUAGAAGUUGAGCAACGAAAAUAUUUCGAAGAACUUUUACAGCACAGGGAUCGUGAAUUACAACAAAUUAAAAUUCGUUAUGAAACAUUAAAAGGUGAACGUGAAAGUGAAAUUGUACAAAUGGAAAAUAUUAUACUUGAACUGCAACUUGAAUUACGCGCAGCUCGAGACGAAGCUGAUAUUAGACACAGACGAUCUCAACAGCUAAGUUCAGGAACGCCACCUAAAAAUUCUUCUUCUUUUGAUGAUCGAAAAGUAAACCCAUCGUCAUCAACAUUGAAUAAUGAUCAUUCUGAAAAUCUUGAUACGCAAAUGAAUUCGAUUGAUAGUUCAUUGACGAUUGCUGAUAAUCAAAAUUUAAAUUUUACAGUAAAAGAUACUAGUCAAGAACAACCCGACGAUAUUAUCUAUCCAUCAUAUAUUGACUCAACUCAUUCAUCAACAACCACCAGUACAGAUGAUGAUACCGAAGAAUCUACUUCUAAAAUAUCCUCGAAUACUAAUAAUGAUAGUAAUCAAACACAUAAUCAAAUCCAAAUAGUAUCCAGUGCAGAAAUACUUGCAUCAACAACAUCUAUUUCAAUACCAUCAUCAUCAUCAUCUGAAGAUGAAGAUAAACCACAAGUGCAAACCGUAACAACAACUGCUACCGACGAAAAUAGAUAA